AUGGAUCAAAUGUUCAGCAAGGUUGGAUCCUAUUGGUUCAACCAGAAAGCCAACAAAGAGCUUAAUUCCGUCGGUGAUGACAUCAAUUCAAUAUCAAACAGUAUUGAAGGAGGAACCAAAUGGCUGGUCAACAAAAUAAAAGGAAAGAUGCAGAAGCCAUUACCGGAGUUGCUAAAGGAGUAUGAUCUACCAAUAGGAAUCUUUCCUCGUGAUGCAACAAACUACGAAUUCACCGAAGAGACGGGAAAGCUUGUAGUUUUUGUUCCUCAGGUAUGUGAAGUAGGCUACAAGGAUUCAACCGUCUUGCGUUUCUUCACCUCCGUGUCAGGUUAUCUGGAGAAAGGAAAGCUAACAGACAUAGAUGGAAUGAAGACGAAAAUUAUUAUCUGGGUAAAAGUGACAACCAUAUUAUCGGAAGGGGCGAAGCUCUACGUGACAGCUGGCAUGAAGAAAACAAGGAGUAGGGAAGCAUAUGAUGUUACAAGAGAUGGUGUACCUGUAGAUAAGUUCUAA